GCGCAGGGCCGCUUCGGGGAAAAUAUGGGGAAAGAUUAUUAUAAAAUCCUGGGGAUAGUGAAAGGAGCGGCCGACGAGGAUAUCAAAAAGGCGUACAGAAAACAGGCUCUGAAAUGGCACCCGGACAAAAACAAGGCGGCCAACGCCGAGGAGAAAUUUAAGGAGAUCGCCGAGGCAUAUGAAGUCCUCAGUGAUCCGAAGAAAAGGGAGAUAUAUGAUCAGUAUGGAGAGGAAG